AAAGUCUGAAAGUAAAUAAAAUCCUAAUAUUUGAUUUGUGUCAAUGGUUUAAGGUUCUACUGUACGUUAGUACGGUCUUUACCCAAUGUGAUAAACCUGUCGUGGAGGAGACAUUAUAUCCCUCGGAAAUCGAUUGGAAGAAAGCAAUUAAAAUCGCAGAGUCCUGCGACGAGCAUCUUCUCAAAAUAUUAACAGCCAAAUACAUGAAACAUGUACCAAACACCUAUCUCUUAAGUAAGAUACUGGCCGAAAAAGUAAUAGGCGAUUAUUCGACAUCACUACCUUGCGUGAUCGCAAGACCCUCAAUCGUUGUUUCGACAUGGAAUGAUCCUGUUGAGGGUUGGAUAGACAACUUCAACGGACCGGUCGGAUUGAUAGUUGGUGGUGGUAAAGGUUUAAUAC